AUGCGGCCCAAGCGUGCUCGAAGAACCUAUGCGUGUGGGCCAUGCAAGCGAUAUAAGAUGAAGUGCAACUUGGAGCUCCCGUGCAGCCUGUGUGUUCGGGCUCAGCGUGCUCACUUGUGCCACGAAAACCCUCCAAACCCUCCGUCGGAGGAGGAGACGAGGCGCAGAGAAGAACGACGCUCAAGAAAUUCCCGUCUAAAGGAGAAGGCCGCAAAGAAGGAGCAGACGGCCAAGACAGCACCAGGCGAUUCAAAUCGUCAGCUGUCUGUUUCUGUGCUGGUGCCUAGUCUUGACCCUGGAGUCCCUUCCGACUCUGGUGGCCCCAUUCGAGGAUUCGAGCCAGCGAUGGCGGCUCCAAAGCUUGAGCUCGGCAUCACUUCACAAGACUCAGACAUUUCUCUGAUCCGCCUGAGCCUGUCGGUGUCUAAUCACUUCAACUCCGUCUACGGCAACCCACUACCGUUUUUUGGCUCUAUUCAAAGACCUCCGCCUUGGAAUCAGAGCGAUUGGCAACCCAACAACGACCCGCCUUGCCAGUCGCCUUCUCUGUCAUUUCUGUCUUCCACUCCGCCGUCAAACUCGCCCAAUUACCACACAAACUCGCCGUUUCUGCCAUACGUGCCACCUUUAGUGGUUCACCUGCCGUUUUCACUGGCGCUGCCCUCUGGCAACCCAGAGCCAUGCGUUCAUCCCACUGUGAUGGCUCAAAACGUUCAUCGUCUGCCCUUGAUGGCCCAGUAUGCUAUGGACUGCAAGCAACGAUACAUCUUGGUGCCAACAGAAACGGCCACGCGCUGGAAAUUUACUUUUGCCUCCCUAGCUUUGCGCCUGGGACAGGAUAAAAACGCCCAUUGGCUCAGUGACUACUUUAAUUGGGCAUACCUGGCAGAGAACUCUGGCUUCCAGGAGCUUGUGGACUGGUUGUCUGUAUUCAUCACCGCACAACGUCUUGUGUCGAACUUUGACUCAAUUGUAACCAUGGGGCUGGCACCCAAGGCAACUGUGGAUAAACAUUCGUUGCAAUGUAUGGCUCUCGCUUGCCUGUUCCUCGCUAAUGGUGCACUUGCCGGGCCUCGUAUCACCAAAAAAGUUGUGUCACUUGCAAACGAGUGGCUCUCACUCUCAGAUGAAAUAGGCAAAAACGUUGCCAAUGAAGUCUGGCAAGAUGGUAUCUAUUUCAUGGUCCUUUGCAUGCUGUCCAGAAGCACUAUAGUAUCCACCAGCCAAUUAGAGCGUCUCACAGUCAAGGUCCGUGAUUACUUCACAGCAAUCUCCUCCAACGAAUCAUUUCUACGGUAUUUGCAUCAGCUUGAAUUUGAAAAUCUCUCACCUCAGGAUUCGGAAGCAUUCUCCAUAGUUGCGAAAUGCUGGACUUAUUUGAAGCUUGUGGAAACUGAGGCGUCCGUACUUCAGGCAGAGUCGCUGUUUCAAUAUGAGCACGCUGAGCUCAAGGAUACUAUUCAACCUGAUCGUAAAGUCGUCAAAUAUCUUUUCAACUUGGUACCCGAGGAACCGAUAUCGAGCUACCAGGCCUACGAUAUCGCUCUUCUUGCAUCGAGCUUAUUUUUUCGCCGUUUCGAGAACUGCAAAACGGCUAAAGACAUUGCAUACGCAUAUCUCUCGCUAUAUAGCGAGUUCUGUGCCAUGUCAAUUCCAGCAUCUGAACCCUUGUUUCAAGCAAUCGAGAUGGUCACAGGAGGCCCUGCCAGAGCCAACCCUGGUGCAGCCGAAAUCGCUGCUCUUGUGCGUACUCUGGCACAGCUGUUAGGUGUCAUGCUUAAAGUCUCAUUUAUUUGCGUGCGUUGGCUUCUGAUCAUACGAGCGGAACCAAAUAAAUUUGUGACGCUUCGUUUUGCUCAUUACGUGACCACACUUUUGUCGAUGUUUAACCCUCUCAUGGCUAUCGUUGACACAGGCAAGGUUUCGCCACACAAUCUCAUUGCUUCGCUUCAAUGCUGCGCCCAACUCAAUACCGUACUUGACAUGUAUAAUAUGUUGACGCUCCAGGCACUCUUUGUGGCCGUGAUGUCAAAUUUUGUGAAAACCUCUACGGCACAUUGGGGUCUCGAUGUUCUGUAUUUGUUGAAUGCGGUGCUUUCUUCGUACGGCCGUGCAAGAAAGUGUCUCGAGACCAUGAAGCCAUACUCUAAUUACCCAUUAUCGAUAGCAUUACUUCAGGUGAGUGAGGUUCUUACACGGGAAGUGCAUUCGACAAGAUUUCAGCCACGGUCUCUGGAUAAGCCUGCUCAUGAAUUUUUUGAGUAUCUACAAAGAAGUAUUGCGAAAGAAAACUGGGAUGUAUUUGUGAACUCUUUAUUCGGCAUGGAGGCGACAGCUGCAAACUACAUUGAGCAACUUUGGCGAUUUGGAGAUGUCGCCAAAUUGCAUCAGGAGAAACCUAUUUUGAUCACCAAGACUUUGGUGUUGAAUACUGCAUUCAUCAAGGAAUUUGAACAUGCGUAUCGUGGAUUUUGGUUCACGCUUCAACACGUUAAUCAGUACCUCGAACUAUGA